AUGUCUGAUUUUCCUUCGACAGAUGAUAUUCGAGUAGUAAUUUCCAUAGAUUUUGGAACUACGUUCUCUGGUUUUGCAUACGCAAAUUUGUUUGAUAAUAAAGAAAAUUUUCAAAAUGACGAGAUGAAUUUUGAAUAUUAUACCUAUAGUUUAUGGGAAGGCAAAGCUCUCGGAAAGUUCAAAACUAACACUGUGCUUCGAUAUGAUGAUGAAUUCAAUGAAGUUUUAGCGUGGGGUGCUGUAGGCUUGGCAAAGCAUCCUGGCCGAAGAAAAAAUGCAAAUGCAUCAAAGCCUGUAGAGCUAUUCAAACUUGCUUUGGGCAAUUUAGCUGAUGAUCUAAAACCAGAACUUCCACCAAAACUUCACUUAGAAAAAGAAGAGAGGCAUAAAAAAGCUAUUACUGAUUAUCUAAAAAAAUUAGUAAAUUUAUUUUACAAUAUAUUAGGAGAGGUGAUUAAACAAAGGGUUACAAGUCAUUGGGAAAUGGACUUUUAUGAAACCACUCGACUGAUUUUUACUAUCCCAGUUGAAUAUUCUUAUAAAGCAAAAAAGGUUAUGCGUGAAUGUGCAUUCAAUGCAAACUUGAUUUCAAAAGUUGAUUCGAAUAAAUUACAAUUUACUACCGAAGCCGAAGCUGCUGCUAUAUAUUGCAUUACAAAAAAGAGCUUAAGAGAUAAUUUUCUCAAAGAUUCUGAAACUUCCUUCUUAAUUGUUGAUUGUGGAGGUGGAACAGUUGAUUUGACUACACGUAAAUUAUUGAGUAAUUGCGAGCUAGGAGAAAUUACAGAACGUGCUGGUGACUUCUGCGGAUCUACUUUUAUCGACAAAGAAUUCUUGAAAUUUCUUGGUAGAAUUGUUGGCCAUAAUGCGAUAAAAUUGCUUCGUGAAAAGAAUUAUGGCGAAAUGCAGUACAUGAUCCAAGAAUUUUGCGAUAAUAUUAAAAUUCCAUAUACUGGAGAUGAUGAUAACUUCACUUACGACUUUGAUAUCGAUAGAAUUUGUUCAGUAUUAAAGCAAUAUGUCACUGGAGAGGCAAAAAUAUCUCUUGAAGAGAAUGAUUGGAUCAUUGAAAUUAAUAACGAUGAAGUCAAAGAAAUGUUUGAUCCUAUUGUUGAGAGGAUUAUUCGGCUUAUACACGUACAACUUGAAAAUUCUCGUGCAUGUUCGGCUAUACUUAUGGUUGGAGGAUUUAGCGAGUCUAAAUAUUUACAAAAAAGAGUUAAAGAAGAAUUUAAAAACAAAAUUGCGCAUAUCUUAAUACCUCCAGAACCUACUGCAGCAGUAGUUCGUGGCGCUGUUAUAUAUGGUCUACGUAUGAACCCGUCAUUCUGCAAUGUACAAAUACCUUCUUUUAAACCAAUCAUCAAGAAUCGAGUUCUUAAAUAUACGUAUGGUGUUGAAGUAGGUCUUUUCAAUAGUUUUUCUAGUUUGGCUAAAAGAGGAACAACCGCCGAAGUUAAUCAGAAAUUUGAUGGUACAUUUAUUCCACUUUUUCCAUAUCAAUCAGCUGUAAAGUUUAAAAUUUAUAUAAGUCAAAAAUACGAAGUAGAAAAUUGUCGUGAAGAAGGUGUUGAACUUCUUGGUGAAUUGUUAGUUGAUCUUCCCGAUAUAGAUCUUGGUCUUGAUAGAAAAGUCGGAUUUUCUCUUUGCUUUUGUGAAGAAGAAAUUAAGGCUUCCGCAGUAAAUUUGCUUAAUGGGCAGAACUAUCAUACUGUCUUUAAUAUAGAUGCAGAAUCUUAG